UAAAAUAAAAAUAAAGAAAUAAAUAUAAAAAAUAAAUAAUAAAUCGAUUUAUGUUCUUUCAUUGAAAUAUAUUACAUUGCAUUAUCAAUGAGAAUAUUACGAUGUUGCAAUGUAAACAAUUCAUUUAGCGAUAAUAAAAAAAUGAAUACCAGAGUGGGGUAGGUUAUUGAUUUCUGUGUGGGUGCCAUGUUGGGAGGGAAUACCAUGGUGGGUGUCUCUUGGACAUACCAUACGCAGUAGUCUACAGAGAAUAUAAAUAGGAGGGGUAGUUGCACCAUUGACCCAGUGUUGAGUUGACAUACGGUCAGUUCAGUCACUCGAAAGGAAUUCAUCUUACGCCUUUCAAGUUUUAUAUAUCUGUGUAUGUGAAUUGCUAAUAACCGUAAUAAAAGCCUUUGUAAAAUCAACAAUCCAAUGCAAUCCAAAACACUGCCCUUUCUUACUUAUCUUCCAACUUUACAAAUUUACACCCAAAUUAUCGGCAUGUAUCCAGUGUUUUAAGUAUUCUGCAAACGUUUUUCUAACAAAAAAUUUAAUAAACAUUAGUGACACCCACUAAUCGAGUGAAUGCGUAUCUCGUGUUACGAUUUCAUUUAAAGAUAAUCGGUUGCAUUGAUAAACCAAUGUGCAACGAUAAUCAGGCCUUAGAAGUGGUCAAUUUUUUUGAAGGAAGUCAACUUUUGAUGACAUAAAUUUUAUGCAUUCGAUCGACAUUUGAUCGAACAAAGAAAGUACAAAACCAAACAAACUUAUUUGUGAGCAGUUUUCAGAUUGUUCUUUUAUUUAAAGCAAUAUGUCAGAAACAGCGGGAAUUUCGCAAGGAUUAGGAAAUCCGUACAAAAUUGUCGAUCAUACUCGAGAAAAACGAAAGGGAAUCACUGCUUCUUCUUUAAAAGAAUUAACCAGUAUUGCUAGAAACCGCUUGUCUUUACCUUUAGAUGCAGAACUAACAAUUGUCCUGGAACAAGAUGGUACUGAGGUAGAUGAUGAAGAAUAUUUUGCAACAUUAGAAAGAAAUACUAGUUUAAUGGUUCUAUAUGGAGAUCAAAAGUGGGUGGCAGCAGGAAGUGGUAAAGCUGCUUCUCGUUACAUCGUUGUUGAUGAUGUAGAUAAUAUAGAAGGUGGACAAAGAAGAGAGGAAAUUAGAAGGCGUCGACCACCAAUAGAGGCUUUAGUCUCAUCAUUGCACGGUGAUCCAUCACAUAUAUCAUUGCUUGAUGGACAUAAUUUAGAAUUGCUCAGUGAUAUGGAUCCAGAUAGUGUGGCUGAUAUAGUGUCUGGCAAUAUAAUUUUCCUUGAGCAAUUAAAAGAAGCUUCAGGCAGAUUCUUAGCUGAAAAACGGCAAGCACAAGGAUCCCUCGAUGUUCUUCAGAUGUGUGCAAGUGGUGGAGAAAUAGAGCGAGCGUAGGCCAUGUGGGGGGUGGGCGCCCUCACAUUGGCUAAUAUGUAUCGAGUGCGACGUCGCAUAUUUUAUAAAGGUCGCCAACUACAACAAACUUUGAUCCUUUUCUGGAAUUGAGCCCAUCACAUUUAUAGCGUGAAAGUUUUCUACGCUAUCUAUUACCAUCAUAUUGUUCAUGAAAACUGAAUGUUUACAUUGUCAAUGAAAAUUUGAGAUUCUUCUAUGCAACAUUUUGAAAGAUGUAAUGGUGAAGAAACAUGUAUAGGAACUAUUGAGUUCCUAUUUUCGACAGGUAGUCAAAGCUUAUUUCUGAGAUAUUUGCAAGUAUUUACUAAAUAUGUGAACAUUUAAAUUUAUUAGCAAAAAAGAAAUAUACGGAAAGUUGAUGCUUGUCCACGCUAUAAGUUAAUACCGUAAUAAUGCAUAGUUUUAUAUUUUGUUAAUAGUAACUUGUUUUCUUGAUUUUUUAACUUUAUAUAGGUUUAUAGUAUAUAUAUGCCUUUCUAGUGUUAUAUAUUUUGUAGAAUAUGACAUAAGGAAUUGCUUUAAUGCAAAAUGAGGUCUUAAAAUACACAUGCAUAGUUAAACACAUGCAAUUUAGCCAUUAAAUAAUCUGAAUGUACUACAUAAACAAAAGCUAUAUAGAAAUAUCAUGUCAAAGAAAACAUUCCGUCACGAUGUUGUCAUAUCAGUAUUAGCAAAAAGACGACAUGUUUGGUUUAUGAACUUUUGUAUGUAGAUAUAUUAUACCAAGGUUUAGUUCAACGAAGAUUGAUGAAAUGUUUAAGACUGAAUUUAUAGAGAAAGAAUGCAUCCCCAUUAUAAUCAUCAAUUCAUUGUACACUAAAUUUAGCGUGGUAAUAGGAAAAACCAAUAUCAGCUCUUUGAUACCAAAGUUAUGCAUUUGAUAAGAAAAACUGCAGAAAAAGAAAAGAAAAUGUGCAGGUGUUUCUGAAAAGAUUAUGCAUACGCAAAAUAUUAUUGCAUUAAAAUAAAAUUUGUCAUUAUAUCUAUACUUGUUACAAAAAUGAAACGAACUUUGUGACGUUCAAAGAUAUGUUAUUCAACAUUUAUAUAGUGAUAUUUAUUUUAAAUCUUAAGAAAAAAUAGUUCAAUGCUUAUGUUUAUUCUUUGCAGAAACACUGUAAACAGAACAUCGUGACAUUCUUUGAUAUAUACCUUAACAUCUGUAUACUACAAAAUAAUGUUUACAUUUACUGUCAUUUGGAUAUUUAAAGUGCAACGAUCAGCAUAGACAUAUUAAUAAUUAAUAGCAUCCAAAUGUGUCAGUAAUUAUAAAUUUGUUCUGUAAUUUCUAAUGGUAUUUCUUUAUGAGAUAUUGAACAAAGUAAUAUUUUACCUAAAUUUUAAGACGUAUUAGAAAAUAGUUGAUAUAUUUAAUAGAACUGCCAAUUAAAGAAAACAAUUGAUGCUCAAUAAUGACCCACUCAUCAUGUCCUUUAAAAAUAAUGAUUUUUUAAUAUUGAUAAUUAACACAUUAUACUAAGGCAAUAUUGCUAUUAUUAUUGUUAUUAUUAUUAUAUUGUCAUGUCCAUUACAUAUUUGAAUAACAAUUAUAUAUAACAAGAUAUAUUUACAUAAAUUAGGUUUUAAUAGAGGAUAUAAAAUUUCCAUCUAUGAGUUGAUGUAAUACAUUGGAUGUAUCCCUCACUCGAUUGCCGGCACUACGUAAUUGAGACACAGCCUCUUGAAGAAUAAGUUCACUCCUUAGCAGUUGCUUAUUAACAGUUGAUAAUUCCUGAGUGGCAUUACCAAUUGUUCCAUCAACCAUUUGUAUAAGGUCUUUAUCCAAUGUUCCAUUGCAUUCAUCUAUUUUAUUAUGAAAUGUCAAUUGAAGUAUUAAACAUUUUUUCUUGAGUAAAUUAGAUAUUGUAUAUUAUUUAUAUGUAUAAAAUAUACAGAAAUAAAUGUUCUAAAUAAUUAAA